ACGGGCGCCUGUUGUGGUUGCAAAGUCAACCAGAACGCUCCGAUGCCUUCGUCCAUGGAAUGUUAUUCUACAAACCAACCUCGCACUCGACGUAAGCGGCGGCACCCAAGGAUGUCCCUCGGCUUCGCCAUGCCGCUCGAGUGGUUGAGAGACUAUUCCAAGGAGCACAACCUGGUGCGCCGGUCGACCGGCGCCGCGCUCGACGAUAUCACACAGAAGUUUGGCGGAUUCCUCUUCGUUCAUUGGGUCAAGCAUGACUGUCCACAGGGUUACCUUCUUUUCCUCGCCGUCGCCACCAACACCCGUCCUGAUUAUCUUGCAAUGGCCACCCCAGAGAGGGUUGCCGCUCUCAAAGCCAUUCUGGGAAGGGAUGAUGAGCCUGGAUGGAAGCAUUGCUGUGUCAUAUAGAGAUAUCGCGAUGAAAGAAAUAGUGUACAGUGACGCGGCUUCGCGUGUCACUAGUGUUCACGUUUCGCGCCUCACACGGCAAGAUUUGUCGAAAACUACUAUCGCUUCGAGAUGGGUAUGAGCCCCUUGGAUUCGCUGAAUAACUGAAUUUGUACUAUUACGCUCCUUGUUCAUUCUUAGCACGAUGAACUGCUCGAAAAAAGGAGGCCUCGUCGGCUGCCAGUGAUGACCCAAUUACGUACGGGGAGGUAUAGAAUUCCUUUUUUACAGUAUGCUAUCGUUCCUCUUCGCGCUUUGGUUCGUUUUCACAGUGUCUAGCCGACUAACCGAUAAUGCAUACCAGAAC